GCGUGACAUUCUCAUUUUUUCGGCCCAGUGUCCGCCAUUACAUUUUGGUGAUCGCAUAAAUUGGUCGUUGCUUCUCCGCGAGGAUCAUUUCACCGCGCAUUUUAUCAGUGACGUUUUUGGUGUUCGUGCGUAGUAUCGCAGCGUUUUGUUGAAACAAAGAGACUGUACGUUCAAUCGUAUGUCCAUCCAGAAUCUCAACACAUUCGACCCAUUCGCCGAUGCUAUCAAAAGCUCGGAGGACGACGUACAAGAUGGACUAGUCCACGUCCGUAUCCAGCAGCGGAACGGGCGCAAGACGCUGACAACGGUGCAGGGCCUGUCAUCGGAAUAUGACCUGAAGAAGAUCGUGCGGGCAUGCAAGAAAGAGUUCGCGUGCAACGGUACUGUUGUGGAGCAUCCGGAGUACGGAGAGGUGCUUCAGCUGCAGGGCGAUCAGCGCGAGAACAUUUGCCAGUGGCUCACCAAGUCGGGGCUCGUGAAGCCCGAGCAACUUAAGGUGCACGGCUUCUAAGCCGAUCAUGUUGACCGCAUCUGAACGUCAUUGCAUAGUCAUCAGAUUAUGAGAGCGAACGCGUUAUAACCCUAAAAUAUGUACAUAGAAAGCACAGAUGUCUACAGAGAGUGCGGUUGCGAGGCCGCCAUCGCCGCCCCGUG